GAAGAGUUAGACACAAAACAAAAAUGAUAACAUGACGAAACAUGUCACACAGUGGGCAGUUCCAUAAAGCUCGGACUAAAAGUGUAACGAGCAUGUGUCAAAAUGAUAGUGAAAAGUGUGGUGAAACCAAAAAUCCCUCCCAAAAAAUAAUCGCGUUCAAUUUGUACUAUUUCCUCUUUAUGAUUUGUCUAUCACUACAAACUGUGAACUCCAAUACUACCAAUAUGAACAGACAUUUAAACACGAAUAAAGGUGUGGCUAAAACUAUUAUAUACAACAAACAGAACGAUGCCCCAAAUGAAGAUAACUAUGAAGAUCACGAACACACAAGUGAAAAAGAUUAUUCCAAAGUCAAUUUUGAACUAAAUCCGUAUUACUCUAGCGAAGAUUUUAUACAUAAGUUUUACAAUAACGAAAAUAGUUACAGCAACUAUGAGGACUAUAAGAAGUACUAUUUGAAUCCUUCAAAUCCUUUGCCUAGAGCCAAUGUAAAAUUUAAAAUAAGUAGUAGGAUAGUUCAAACCAAAUAUGGGAAAUUACAGGGCAUAGUUUUGGCUAUGGAUGAGCACAGAUAUUUGAGUCCUCUUGAAGUUUUUUUAGGUGUACCGUAUGCAACACCUCCAGUUGCAUCUAAUAGGUUCAGUCCAACGCGAACACCAUCACCAUGGGAUGGAGUACGAGUAUCAGACAGACCCGGUCCGGCGUGCCCGCAGAAACUACCAGAUCUUGACGACGAAAGGACCAUAUUAGAGAAAAUGCCUAAAGGCAGACUAGAGUACUUGAAAAGACUGAUGCCUUAUCUUAAGAAUCAAAGUGAAGAUUGUCUAUAUUUAAACAUAUUUGCUCCUUUGCAAAUGGACGAAACCAAACUAGCAUUGCCAGUGUUAGUGUACAUUCAUGGUGAUAGCUACUCGUGGAGUUCAGGCAACCCGUACGAUGGUGCAGUUUUAUCCAGCUACACUGAUUUGAUCGUGGUCACUCUUAACUUCAGGCUUGGAGUCUUAGGUUUUCUCAAUGCCAACCCAUCACCGCAGUCAAAAGCCCGUGUAGCGAAUUACGGGCUUAUGGAUCAAAUAGCAGCUUUACACUGGGUGCAACAGAAUAUUGCGUUGUUUGGAGGCGAUCCAACGAAUAUAACUCUGAUGGGGCAUGGUUCGGGCGCUGCUUGUAUCAACUUCUUAAUGAUAUCUCCUACUGUUAUGCCAGGUUUAUUCCACCGCUCAAUUUUACUAUCGGGCUCGGCACUUAGUUCGUGGGCGAUAGUAGAUGACCCUGUAUAUUAUUCAUUGAAACUCGCAAAGCAUAUGAACUGUACUAUACCAGAAGACUUGACAAAAGACCAUGAAGUUAUAGUAGAUUGCUUACGAGAGGCGACGAUAGAAGAACUGCUGUCAGUUGACAUAUCACCACCAAACUUCUUGACAGCGUUCGGUCCUUCAGUUGAUGGAGUGGUCAUCAAGACUGACUUUGCAAAAGACUUCCUAACAAUGUACUCCACGGGAGAUUUCCCAAGCUUCGGGCCUUUGAACAAUAUGAAUUUGAAUUUGAACAUUCAUAUAAAAAGGGGUGAUAGUGGACGGAGAUUGUUCCAGAAUAAAUACGACUUAUUGUUUGGUGUGGCGACUAGUGAAGCGCUUUGGAAGUUUUCAGCUCACGAUGUUCAGAAUGGCAUAGAGCCGGAUAAGAGGGACCGCAUGCUGAGGACAUAUGUAAGAAAUGCGUACACCUACCACUUAAGCGAAAUUUUCUACACAAUUGUCAACGAAUACACCGACUGGGAAAGAACGGUAGAGAAUCCUAUCAAUACUAGAGACGCAAUGGUAGCAGCAUUAUCCGACGCACAAUAUAUAGCCCCACUGGUCCAAAGUGGAGAUUUGUUGAGUGGUGGCCCCAAACUUGUGCCGAGUGACGAGGACGGCCCUAGGAGACCUACUAAGACGUUCUUCUAUGUAUUCGACUAUCAGUCUAAAGACGGAUAUUAUCCACAACGCAUGGGAGCAGUUCACGGUGAAGAGAUGCCAUACGUUUUCGGAGCACCACUAGUCGACGGCUUUGGACACUUUCCACAAAAUUACACAAAGUCAGAGAUAGCGCUCUCUGAAUCUAUUAUGCUUUUUGUCGCCAACUUUGCUAGGACUGGGAACCCGAAUGACAAUAUUCGACAAGAGGUCUUACUGCCUGCUUCGAGAGAGAGGAAUAAAUUCAAAGGCAUAAACUGGGAGGAAUAUGAUUCGACACACCAAAAGUAUUUGGAAAUAGGUAUGAAACCUCGACUGAAGAAUCACUACCGAGCACAUCAGAUGUCAGUUUGGCUUCGUCUCGUUCCAGAACUUCACCGAGCUGGUAUGGACGACUUUGGCGCCCGACACAACCUAUUCAAAAACCACAACGAACAAGACUUGUACGAGGGCAUUGUACGACCCGACCCGCUCGCUAGAAACCCUAAUGAGAACGAACAAAGGAAGAACGGUAGUGUGUACUCAGAUACAGCGCUGACUACAGUCGAUACAAUUCUAGCCACCUGUGUUACCCUACUGCCAAACGGAAGAGACUUGCAAACAUUGAACGCCACCGAAAACACUCUAGCUAAUUUAGAGGCAGCAGGCUAUGCUGCAUAUUCCACUGCAUUAAGCGUCACCAUAGCUAUAGGCUGCUCUCUGUUGAUACUGAACGUGUUAAUAUUCGCUGGGGUAUACUAUCAGAGAGAUAAAUCCAGGUCGCGCGGGAAACAAUCACGCUUUAACGAGAAACAUUUCGAAACGAUAUCGGGGAAGCAUUCUCAUUAUCAUAUGGAUCCGACACACGCUCCAAGCUUAGUCGUUGACGUUGAGAGGCAGAACAGAAAAAAGCAACUCAACGAUCCCCACGUAAUGAAUGUGAAUUUUAAAGGGCCACUAGAUGUGCCAAAAUCGCCGCCAAGCCCGACGCUCAGUUUAGAUAACAUGAUGUUGCCGAGCAAACUGGGCAGUCGGAACAGCAGUUUUCGGCUACCGAACGUCAAUUACCCGCAAAUGGGUGGGUACGCGACUAUGCCCAAGAAUUUGAGCCAGUUUAAUAACUCCCCGUCCUUACAGGAGUUAAGGCAGGCGAAAUUCCAGCCUCCGAACGGCUCGGCGGCACAGGGCUCCCCGGGGGGAGGUCCGCGUGUGGGGGACGAAACGAGGGGGCCUCACGCCACGCUCCGCCGCGGCAAAGCCUCCCUCCAUGCGUCUAACCUCCCCCAAGCAGCCAUUGACGAAAUGAGAGUGUGACAUUUAAUCCCCAGAGACUUUACUUUACAGGAUUAAAAAGUGUUUCCCUCGGAUUUUAAAACGUGUACGUGUGUGUAAAUAGUUGUGUGUGUGGGAGUUGAGGAUUUUUUUUAGAAAAAAUGUUAUCGAUUUUCUGAAACAAUAGAUAUGAUUA